AUGGGUGCUAUUGAAAAACUGGAGCGAGUGAUAGCGAGAAAUUUCUCUAGUUUGGGCGAUUUUAUUGGACGACAACCGGUGCGGGUAAUUCUAAUGACUCUAGUGAUAUCGUGUCUCUUGAGUCUCGGCAUACUACGGUUCGAUGAAGUCAAUAAUGUGAGGACCGAAUAUUCUCCAAUUAAUGCACCGAGUAGAAUCGAAUAUGCGGUCGCUAAGGAGUUCCUCGGACAGGUUGGUGGACCGCUUCAGAUGCUUAUUAAUCGCAUUUGA